UCUCCGCCGUUGCUUCCUGUGUGAGCCGUUGGACUCGGUCUGUCUGCAGAGAGUCUCCGGUAUGGGCAGCUGCCUUCCACUCCUCAACUUUCUAGCGGAGAUUGUAGCCCUGUUACUCCACAUUUGACACGAUUUGUACCGCCUGGAAAUGGAUCUCUGAGCGGAAUAAGCCGAAAGUGAGCCCGACGCGAGAGUUCAUUCGACCGUUUCAAUUCGUUUCUUGUUGUUCGAGUUGUUGAAGGAAGAGGGGAAAAUGCCAGUUGCAACUCUUCUGCCUUUCACCGCGACCCCGAAUAGGAAGUCCGCCAGCCCGACCUCUUUUAGGCUGACCGAGAAAUUUAUUUUGUUAUUAGUGUUCAGCGCGUUUAUAACCCUGUGUUUCGGGGCCAUUUUCUUUCUACCGGACUCGUCCAAGCUGCUCAGCGGAGUUUUCUUUCAUUCCUCCGCGGUGGAGACCAACACCGGCACCGGUCAGGACAGCAGCGACUCGGGUUCGGCUGGGAACGACGAGAGGGUCUUGGCCAAAAUCAAGAAAGACCACGAAAAAGCUCUGUUAGAGGCCAAGGAUACUCUACAAAAACGACCCGACGAGAUCAAACAAGACAUUUUAAAUGACAAGGAUAAAGUUGUAAAGGAUAGUCAAGGUGGAAAGGAUGGCAAUAAUUUACCUUUCGUUGAGUACCGUCGCCCGCCUGGGGCGACUGGACACGAACCCCUGGACCCCGAAACCAAGGCCAGACGGGCUAAAGUCAAAGAGAUGAUGAGACACGCGUGGGACAGCUACAGACGCUUCGCCUGGGGUUCCAAUGAGCUCAGGCCCGUCUCCAAGCAGGGACACUCCAGCAAUCUAUUCGGCAGCAUAAAGGGAGCGACGAUAGUGGAUGCCCUGGAUUCCCUCUACAUCAUGGAGAUGUUUGAAGAGUUUGAUGCUGCUACUGACUGGGUAGAGAAGAACCUCGACUUUAAUGUGAAUGCAGAAGUUUCCGUCUUUGAGGUGAACAUCCGGUUUGUUGGAGGUCUGCUGUCCGCCUACUACCUGUCUGGGAAGGAGGUGUACCGUCGGAAGGCGGUGGAGCUGGGGGAAAAGCUGCUGCCUGCCUUCAAAACGCCCACCGGCAUCCCCUGGGCUCUGCUUAACCUCAAGAGUGGUAUUGGAAGAAACUGGCCGUGGGCGUCAGGUGGCAGCAGCAUCCUGGCAGAGUAUGGCACGCUGCAUUUAGAGUUCAUGCACCUCAGCAAACUCUCAGGGAAUCCAGAGUUUGCACAGAAGGUAAUGAACAUCCGGAAAGUUCUAAACCGCCUGGACAAACCCCAGGGGCUGUAUCCCAACUACCUGAACCCCAACAGCGGCCAGUGGGGCCAACAUCACGUGUCAGUCGGUGGCCUGGGUGACAGUUUUUACGAGUACCUGCUGAAGGCCUGGCUGAUGUCUGACAGGACAGAUGAGGAAGGCAAGAAGAUGUACUAUGAUGCCCUGCAGGCAAUAGAGACCAACCUGAUGAGGAAGUCGAGCAGCGGGCUGACCUACAUCGCGGAGUGGAAGGGGGGGCUGCUGGAGCAUAAGAUGGGUCACCUGACCUGUUUCGCCGGUGGGAUGAUCGCUCUCGGCGCUGAUGGGGCGCCCAGCGACAAGACGGGCCACCAGAUGGAGCUGGCGGCCGAGAUCGCCCGCACCUGCCACGAGUCCUACGCCAGAACCGCUCUGAAGCUCGGUCCGGAGGCGUUUCGUUUCGACGGCGGGGUCGAGGCCAUCGCCACCCGCCAGAACGAGAAAUACUUCAUCCUCCGUCCCGAGGUCAUAGAGACCUACAUGUACAUGUGGAGGUUCACCCACGACCCCAAGUACCGGGAGUGGGGCUGGGAGGCCGUUCAGGCUUUGGAGCAGCACUGCAAAGUGGAAGGAGGCUACAGCGGCGUCAGAGACGUCUACGCUUCCUCUCCCAACCACGACGACGUGCAGCAGAGCUUCUACUUGGCCGAGACGCUCAAGUACCUGUACCUGCUCUUCUCUGACGACGACCACCUCCUGUUCGACCACUGGGUCUUCAACACCGAGGCUCACCCUCUGCCCAUCAUCAGGAAGGACAAAACCGACAGACCCAACGAAGUGGAGUAGUGGACCAUCCUGCGCUGACACCCAAAACAAGUGCGAGAACCUCUGAUCCUGUGUACCUGAGCCUCCCGCUGUCUGUCUGAAACCAGUGUAGCCAAUCGGAGUCAGUCCCAGUGGUUACAGACGCCUCUUGAUCGAAUUUUUAUUUUUAACGGCAUCAAGCGAGAAUUCGAGCCUGUCGGCGCCCAAUUCUCGGCGUAGAAUCCAGUUUUGUUUUUGUUUUUGUGUUUUUUUGCUCUUUGUUUCGUUCAGCUCUGGCUGAGUUCAGUCGGUGAGCUGAUCCGACACAUUUACUGCCAGAUACCAGAAAUGCUCUCCGAAAGAAUGCAGUGAUAUCACGAGAGAAGGUUUGUACGUUUUUUAGAUUCUCGCAUCAUGAAACACUCUGAGGGUGUCAUUACAUCGAGCGAGUUGUCAUUCCGAGGUGCAGUCCGACCACGUUACUCGUCAGUGAUUUUGUUGUUCGUAGCUGCAGUUUUUUGUUUUUUGUUUGUUGUUUUGUUUCGUGAAGGAGAACACUGACAAACCUGAACCAGUCGUCUCCCUCAUGUGGACAUUAUGGAUGUGAGCUUUGGGCAGCCGAGUCUGUGGAUCUUACGAGGCGGACUCGGUGAGCUGAAGGACGCUUCGUUCACUUCACGCGUCGUCUUUUCCUUCUGCCGUGCCGCUUCAGUGUCUGGACAGAAACCGGUUUCCCUGCGCCAGUGCUGACUCCACCAACGCCACCCGACGUCUGCGUCCUCUGCAGACAAACAUUUGCUUUCAUACGAACGUGGUCGUCUCUGUGGGGUCAGAGGAGAGACGCAGCACGACCCGAGCCGGCUGACUGCUUCCUCCCUCUGAGUUCGGUGUGACGCAGGACGACCGUCCACGCCAACUCUCUACCUGCCAGUUAUCACCUCCCCCCCACGACGUUUACACGAGGCUGUCCCUCUUCCUCUCCUUCUGACUUAAUCUUUAUCUUUUCUGGCUUUCUUUCUGUCUUUCUGGGGUUUGACCGAUCCAGGUUUUGCUUUGAGAAAUAAGUUUGCAGUUUUUCCCCUCAGUAUUUUAUUGGUUGCUAAGCAGAAAAAAGCUCCCUGUCAGUGAUCACAGGGUCUUGAGAGCAAAUGAAGCUGUUGCAGACUAAAGUAAAAUCAGAUGCAGCUGUAAUGGAGCGUGGAGGUGAGUUAGGCUGUGAGACGCUCUGGAAAAAGGCAAAUGGAGCGAGCAAAGUUUUUUAUUUAUGUUUUCUGGCGUUAUGAUCUUUGUAAUGAAGACACUGAAUCUUAUUUCCUUCUUCCACCUUCUGCACAUGUGAGUUUCCUUAAAUCUGAACAUCUGGUGUGUGUAAGACCAGAAUUUUUAGCUCCACUAAAGAGGAUGCUGAUGCUGAUGCUGAUGCUGAUGGAUCGUACUCAUCAGCAAACCUGUGCUCCAGUCAAACCCUCUUUGUCGUCGCUUUGAGUCGCUUCUCCUCGUCUCCGUCCUCCAGUUCCUGCGUAGGGUCGGCUGUAGGAUCUUCUCUCCUCCAUGAGGAGACGCUGACACUCGACUUUGCUGUUUCACCUUCACACACACACACACACACACACACACACACAAGAAGCCAUACUGAUUCUAUACAGCUUUACCAUUCUGACUUUUGUUCCCUUCCUCCUCCAUCGGGCUGCGGCGUGCGAUUGGGUUGCUGUUAUUGUUGUUGUAUAUUAUGUUCAGCGUUGUUCUCACGUUGUUCAGUCGGGUUUCAUGGUGAAGAUUUCUCCUGACGCCACUCAGAAGUGUAAGCAGAUGAAAUCCAGUUUAGUCUUCAAUCCUAGUGCCUUCACUGUUGAAAAGGAGUCGGAGGGAAACGCAGCUCACGCAGACACAAAGGAGUAGAGUUUAAACAGUCUUCUCCUGUCUGAUGAGGAUUAUACCAAAAUUAAACACCGAUUAGACGGAUAAUUCCUGCUUUUUUUAGUUCCAUUUUAAAGAAACUUUGGCUUGAAAGUAGCCCAGCAGCUGGUGAAAACUGGGACUCUUUGUGGAGCACAGAAAUGAUUUAAAAAUGUCCUGAUAUGCUGAUAGUGUUCAGUCUAGGCAGCCGUCAGGUACCAGUCGCCUGUUAUUUCCAAGGCUACACUGACAUCUAGUGGUCAGACAUUCCAAUUACAGUCUACACGACCGCUGGGCUCAGAGGCUGCGUGUCAUGUAACAGUCAUUCAUAUACGAAUUAUUCUGGGUGAAAAACUCCAAACUGUGGAUGUAAUCAUUUCACGUGUUGUUGUGAAUCCUCAGCUCGUGCAGGAAGGAAAAACCUCUUGAGUCAAACUUUUGCUUUGUUCAAUGUGACUCAGCUCUGCCCCGUUCAGGUCUCCAGUGCUCCUGUUCCCACUAACGAGCUUCAGACAGACAUCAGGUGUCUCUGGGAGAUGUGGAAGACGUCAUUAGAAAGUUCAGGGAGCAACAGCGUCUUUACCGUCUGCAGAACUGACUCUUCUCAGGCGGUAAAGACGUCCGAUGGAGGAACCACAGAGGCUCCGACUGUAAAGGAAGCAUCUGUGGGCAGGAUGCCGGAUGCUCUCAUGCUUUUUGCUUUUUUAAUAAUUUUCUUUUUCAAAAAAAUCCACACGUAGAUUCAGCGUCCCCACAAAUGUUUAAUUUGCUGCAAGAUUUUGCUUUUCAGAGCUCAUCAAACCUCCAGAUUUGCCGAAGCAGAAGAGAUCAGUGCAGAAAAAGGGCAAAACAGAUGCUGACGUUGCUUCACAGACCUUAUGAGAAUGUUAAAAAUAAAAAAGGUUAAAUUACAAAGUCACAAUUACAGAAAUCUAGAUGAUGUUCUUCCAUUAGCCGAUUUUCACCCAGUUUUAAUUACUGAAAGUGAAUGCUGAUAAAUUCCCUAAUUUGAAUUAUUUUUCAGAAACAAAUGAAUAAAAUAAAGAGGCGCCCUUAUGUAAUGACCAACAGACAAAUCAGUCGGUGGGUUCAAAUCCUCGUGCUGUGAGAAACCCCUCCACGCUCCUUCUAUCACUGUACAGACGACAGCGUCCUCGUGUUUAAUCUGUGUUUGGUUUGAUUAGUUGGUUUAGAGGCGUUCGUUAUCCAUGUGAAGUUGUGUUGUAGUGGUUGAUUUUGCUGCUGAUUGUGUUAAUUUAUUCUGUAGUGGUCAACUUGGGACUUGGAGGGUUUGCGAGCUGACCCCCAGGUGGCGCUGUGGGCCCAUAGGUUCAUAACUGGAACCUAAACAUGGAGCUGCACGACUCUUUUUGUGUUCGCAUAUUUAUCUACCAAAGACCGACAUCCUGAACUGAUCUGUUUAAAGGUCCUUCACGUUCCUGCAUUUUUCAAAGUCAGUUGAACCACAAAUAACAUCAUCACUGAAUUACAGGUGUUGGAAAAAAUGCUACACAAAGAACCUUUUAGGUGAUGUUAGCGAUGGCAGAAAAAUGUGCUUUAAUGGCAGAAAGAGUGCAAAGUUAGCACCUGGGAGUCAACCAACCUUAUAGGAGGAAAGGAACUGUAUGAAUGUACCAUCCAAUGUGAAGUGAAGAAUAUUUUAUAUGCAUUAUUGUCUUAUUGUGUUCACUUCUCUAUGCUUUUGUUUUGUUUUUCUUUUAUCUUGGAAAGCACAAAAAAAGAUGAAGCGGCGUGCAGGCAGAGAAAAGAGGGACUGAUGGGCCCGUUGGUGCUUCUGAUGGCUGUUAGAUGCAGUUGAUGUAGGAAAAACAGUUUGUUCUGCGUGUUCAUCGGACACGUGAAGCUGUUUGAAUACAAAGACGCACAAAGCCAGAGCUUCUCUUUCUGAUGCUUCACCGUGAAAAUGAGUUUUGUUAUAAUGUAGCCCAGUGUCCAUGUAGAGAUUCUUCAGUGUUCAAAUUUUGCCCUGUAAUUGAAGUUAAUCCUCCGAAUUUAAAAAAAAAACAGCAGUCAUGACUUGGUGUUGGUUAAGCUGAGGUUCUCAGCUUGUCCUGUGUUAGUGUAAUUCAGGCAGUUUUAUUCAGUUAAUCCUUUGUUGAACAUCAUAAGAUCAUUUAAAAUGUUAUGCUGCAACAGUUAGUGCUGUUUCAGUGGUCACUGAGUGUAUUUUAAUUGAAAUCAGCCGCUGGUGGAAGUGUAACUAAAGGUUUGAAAACUCCAUUCAGAACUUCAUUUUAAAAACAUCUGUUUUAGGCUACACUGUAACAUUAAGGCACUGACACUGUCUGGAUUUGAUUGAAGUUGAUCUUUAUGAAUUCUAACUAUAUUUGUCUGGUGACAGAUCAAACCUGUGUUCUUACGGAGGUUUUUGUAGUGGUGUGGGUUGUAUUUGGUAUUUUUUCCUCCAGAUAUGAUGAUGUGAAUUGGUAGCCAUUUUUCAAAAAAUGUAUCAAUGGAAAUUUGAAUUGACAUGGUUUCCUGGAUCACAGUUUCCGUCCCCCAUGUUAAGAUUCUUAGUGCAAUUCGACAGUGUGAAAUAUGAUUUUUAAUGUAUUUUGGUAAUCGUCAGUAUGUUAAAUUAACUGUGUGCAACCCUGCAUUUUGGAACCGCAGAGGCUCAGAACCAUCAAACUUGAAUUAAAGGGCUCAUGAAUGUUUCGACAAAGCUGGAAAACAACAUGAGCGACGUGAGGCCCUGCACUUGGAUUGAUGUCUGUAGGUGACGCUGAUCUGGUCGUUUUGCCACCGGACAGGAAGGAAAGGCAGAAUGUAUUUUGGUUUUUCAUGCUUUAGCUUCACAAAGUGGGACAUCAUGCAGAUGCAUUUCCAACUGCAGCUUCUUCUUUUUUUUUUUUUCCAAAGAAAAUGGUUUUUAGUGAUUUUUUUUGAAUAUUGUGUUGAUGAUCUGUUGCGUUCCAAUGCCUUGCUAUUGGUGAAUAUUAAAGGGCAAUGCCAGCUUUUUUUAAAAACAUUUUUUUUUGUGAGUCCUUGUGAAAAUCCACCCCUUUUCCCAAAAGAAACUUCUAAUUUAUAUCACACUGACACUUCACCACUUUCCUCCACAAGUGGUGGACGAUCUCCAAAUGUGACUGACCUGCCCGGGACUCAAGUAACCUGAAUUUUUAAAAUGGUUGGCGUUGCCCUUUAAAGGUUUAAAUGCGUGAAACCAACCUCAGAAAUGUAUCUGUACAAAAUAUUGCUGAUAAUCAUUCCAUUGCACAUACUUACUUUUGCAUUUAUAUGCAAUAUUUUAAUUUUGUGGGGAAAUCUGUUUUAUUGUGUUAUUAUUAUUAUUGACAAAAAUGUAAAUAUUCCAUUCCGGCAGAUCGGCCGCUCUACAUUUAUAUAAAAAUCUUCUGAGUUUAUGGAUUCAAAUGUUAUUAAUAAGCAGCAGACUUUUUAAUAAACUAUAUUUGUUACACUUCUAUUGUGAAUAAAAAAAAUCUUUUAAUAA